AUGAUUUUUUAAUUAAAAAAAAGAACAAAAAAGAUGUUCAAUUAAUAAUUUAAUAUUGAACCAGCAAUUGAAGACUACAUAAUAGAUUUUAUUCAAUAUGAAUCUACACAUCUUUCAAUAAAUCCAUUAAUAUUCAGUCCAGACUAAGAUAAAAUGCUUUAAUAACAUUUUAACGACAAAACUAUGCAAAUAUUGUCAGAUAAUUAUUACUUAAUAAAAUUAUUCAAUGUUAUUAAAAACAGAUAUAUAACUUAUGAAAAUAUUUCAUCUUACUUUGGCACUAAAUUUGGAACAUAUGAGAUCUGUUCUAAUUAAUCAUAAAAAAUUAAAGAAUAUGAGAUAUUGUGUAUUUCAAGAACAGUCUCUGGAGGAUUCCAUAAAUGUAAUUUAAAUAAAGUAGAAAACAAUGAAACUAUUGAAUUAACUUGUGAAUGCAAGAGUUUGGGGGAAAUAUUAUUAAUUUCUUCUACAAAUUUUAGUUUUGUAGAUGUAAUUAAUAAAAGCACAGAAGAAGCUGGUUUUGAUAUAACAUCAUUCUAAGAUGAUUUCUUUAUUUUAAUCAUUUGUACAAGUUUUUUGACUAUAAUACUUUUUGGAAUUUAUAUUUUUUAAUUAAUCAGGGACUUUAGACAUAAUUCAGAUGAUAUAAAUUUAUCACAAGCUUGUAGCGUGAAGGUAGAUGUAAAUAAAAUGAUGUACAAAGGAAGUUUUACACUUUUCAAAAAAAAAUUCAAAGUAUACCUUAAUUUAAUUAUUAGGAUAUCCAUCAAGUCAUCUCGCUUGCUUAUUAUAGAGACUGUUAAAUUAAAUUCAGUUAUAGAAUUUUAGAAGUCACAUCCUAAAAUAACUUAUUGUUAACAUUUAACAUUGUAGAGCUUUAUUUCUAAAGUCUUAACUUACCCCUGA